UUUUACCGGUCGAGCGACGGUCACACUAAUAAGUUCCUCGCGGAUUGUAUCAACAGGUGUUGAUUAAUUGGCCAAAAGUAUCGAAAUGGGCGACGUUACAGGAUUGAGCAAUGCCGAGGCCGACGAGCUGUGCCAGAAGCCGGAUUCGUCCACCAAGGAUUUCCUCUUCCAGCAAACCAUGUACCGCAUCAAGGAUCCACGCCGGUCGCUGCCCUUCUACACGGGCGUCCUUGGCAUGACCUUGCUGGUGAAACUGGAUUUCCCCGAGGCUAAGUUCUCGCUGUACUUCCUGGGCUACGAGAACGCCGCCGACGUGCCAAAGGAUCCCAAGGAACGACGCAGCUGGGCAAUGAGCCGCAAGGCCACCAUUGAGUUGACCCACAACUGGGGCACUGAGAGCGAUCCGGAUCAGAGCUACCACACCGGCAAUACCGAUCCACGUGGCUUCGGACACAUUGGAGUCCUGGUGCCCGACGUGUACGCCGCCUGCCAGCGCUUCCAAGAGCUUGGCGUUGACUUCGUAAAGAAGCCCGACGACGGUCGUAUGAAGGGACUGGCCUUCAUCAAGGACCCGGAUGGCUACUGGAUCGAGAUCUUCAAUGCACACUCCGUCUAGUCCGGCUGGCAGAUAGUUUUAAUUUGAUUGUGCAUCUGCCACUGUUCCUUAAUAGCGAUUCCCACCACUCAGCUACUGAGCUACGGAGUGGAGUCACUACAAUAAAUGAGAAUUUGUGUAAUAA